UGUUUUUUUCAGAGAUUUUUCGCGAUGUCUAAUAAAUGGAAUGAGGACGAAACAUUAAAAUUCGUUCAAUUAUAUAGAGAGCAUGAGUGUUUGUGGGAUAAGCGUUGCGAUGCUUACAAAAAUAAACAAAUGCGUGCUUCGGCACUAGAAGUCUUGCGCGAUGGGAUGAAUAAAGGACUGACCAUUAAUGAUAUUAAAGCAAAAAUUAAGAGUCUUCGAAAUACUUACUAUUUGGAACUCGAUAAAAUUGAAAAAUCUACAAGAUCUGGGGCUGGGGGGAACGUUUAUAAGCCAAAGGCAAUAUGGUUUGAAGAAUAUGAUUCAUUUGUGAAGCCUGUUACAGUGAGGAGAAAAACAACAAAUAACACAGAAGUGUCAACUGACAAUGAAAAUGGGGUAGAAAAUGACUCUCAAGAGACUGAAGAGACACAACAACAGAGACAGCAUGAGACACGACAAGAGACACAACAAGAGCCAAGACAAGAGACACAACAAGAGACACGACAAGAUACACUACAAGAGACACAACAAGAGACACCACAAUUCACUCCACCCAUAAAGAAAGCUAAGCGUAGCAAAUUAUCACAACUAUCUGACAUGAUAAAAGAUCUGAGAAAUAUUAACGACGAUAACGCAAACACAUCCAUAUGCAGCGAAGAAACAGAUCUUGAUCUAUUUGGGAAAAGUGUCUCGGCACAAAUGAAAACAUUAUCAGAAGUACAGGCAGUCAUCGCUAAAGAAAAGAUACAGAGUAUAUUAACUCAAUGCAGGCUUACAGAUUUACAAGCCAAGAAUGCACAUUCCUAUGGUAAUCUACAAUCUCAAAAUAUGUCAUCUACUCAUUGGAAUCCUAGACAAGUUUUUACAAGCUUUCCAGUAUCUCAAACCUGUCUUCCUCCAGCGCAAAGUCCAACAGAUACAAGUUCUUCUUCCACGAGUUUCCAGUACAGCGAUAAUACAACUAUUUUUUCCCCAGUGACUCCAUAUAGUAAUGAUAGUCAGGACGAAAAUGAACAAGAUUUGAUACAAUUUGCUUUCAAUAAUGCGUAAAAUGAUUAGUUUUUUGAUUUAAAUACAGUUGUGUACCUUACCAACCUAUCUGAUUUAAUACAGCUGUGUACUUAUUAGAUUUAAUUAGAAAUAAACACUUACCUUA